AUGGCGAAGGCCACCAAGAAGAGGAGGCUUCUCCGUGCCCGUCACUGGGCCGAUUCUCAAGCUGUCUGGCUCGGCCUCUACUUCGCCUUCAAUCUUUGUCUCACGCUUCAUAACAAGGGCGUGCUGGUGCGCUUUCCGUUUCCGUACACGCUCACCGCAGUCCAUGCGUUGUUCGGGAGCAUAGGCGGACAUGUGCUAAGGGAGAAGGACGCAUAUAUACCCGCGCAACUAAGCGUCAAGAGCUGGGCAGUGCUGGUCGCUUUCAGUGUCCUCUAUUCAGUCAACAUCGCGGUCAGCAACCUAUCCCUACAGCUCGUUACUAUCCCCUUCCAUCAGGUCCUCCGUGCCGCAACACCUAUAUUUACCACUGUUAUUGCGACAACACUCCUCGGCAUUCGGUUUAGUAACCGCAAAAUAGUGACCCUAUUCAUAGUAAUGCUAGGUGUUUCUCUAGCAACAUAUGGUGACUAUCACUUUACGACCUUCGGUUUUCUUCUGACUCUCCUUGGCACGUUCCUGGCCGCCCUUAAGACAAUCUUUACCAACAUCCUACAAUCGUCAUCCACAUCCCCGAGUAUCAAUACGAGAUCGCAUUUCGUUCCUCCGCCCCUUCACUUACAUCCCCUUGACCUCCUGACCCGCUUAUCCCCUCUUGCGUUCAUUCAAUGCGUCGCCUACGCCUACCUGUCAGGCGAGCUUGGCCGAAUACGUUCUGUCUUUGUUGAUGGGAACGCGCCACCGUCUGCCGCUGGAUGGUGGUACCCGAUCCUGUUACUCGGCAAUGGGUUCAUCGCUUUCGGUCUGAACGUUGUCAGCUUCACCGCCAAUGGGAAGGUCGGGGCGCUGAACAUGACCGUAGCUGCCAACGUAAAGCAAGUCUUGACGAUCUUGCUGUCGGUCGCUAUCUUCGACCUCACCAUCACCCGCACAAAUGCGCUUGGUAUAUUCGUCACCAUCGUCGGCGGUGCGUGGUACGCGUGGGUAGAGCAGCAAGAGAAGGCAUCGCGGACGGCCGAGAAGAGUACCUCUGGCCGGUAG